AUGGAGACAUGCUACCAUGGAGGAAGCCUACCAGAGUCAAACUUGUUUGUCGUCGCCAAGAACUCUGUCGGACUUGGUGGCACAGGAGACAAGACUGAGAGUCAGCUGAAGAGAGAGAAGGAAAGGGCCCAGAAGAAGAGCCUGGGCGAAUCAGUAAAAAAUCCUGACAUGAACAAAGAACAUCGCUACACCGGAAGAACUACUACUGAGUUAAUCAAACGGACAGGCGAACAGCCUCCAAAGCAAGCCAACGGACAGGAACUGUGCCUCAUUUGGCACACAAAGGGCGAAUGCAAGGAGAACUGUGAACAUGAUGCUGCACCAGAUAUUGAUAAGCUUCGGCACCCUGCCGCACCAAUGCUACACCGAGUAAUGAAAAAUGGGGCUCCUGUGGUGGUUCAUUCGGAGCCAUGGAGCCAGAGCCAGCUCGACAUGCGAGUCGCUCGGGGCUGUCACUCAUCAGCAAACGAAUUCAAAGACUUUCUGAUGGAGGAGUUUUUGGAUUUUGGAAGGAAGGGAUUUUGGAUCCUACUUCCAUAUGACGCCAUCAAGGACGAGAAAGGACUUCGCCUUUCUCCAAUUGGCUGCGUACCACAAGAUAACAGAAGACCGCGGAUGAUUGUUGAUUAUUUGUUCUGGGGACUCAACGACGAGACAAUGAAACUUGCCCGUCCUCGACAAGACCCAGUGAAUUUGGCAGAGAAGAACCUUGGAUUGUUGACCCAUUCUUGCAUGAGGCCGAUGGGGUACUGGAAGUUGCAGAGACGCAUCAAGUCUUUGCAGUACGGACCAAUCGCCAAUUCUUGUGGUAGCAACGUGAGGAAGCCAAGCCGGACCAUGUCGGAAACCUGGAUCGGAGUCGGGAAGACACCCGCCCGAGGCUCACUGGACAAGACGGAGCGAAGUUCUUGCAUGAGAAUGGGAGGGGCAGUGUCCAUCCCGAACCGCAUGCGAGUCUUGUAG